AUGAAGAAUAGUUACACUCCUGUUUCGAGUUUGGAAGCCUCCCUUAAAACGCUCAAUGAUGAAAAGUCAGGCAUUCAAAUUUCAGAUGGCACACCGCCUCGAUAUUCUGGGACAAUUGCAAUAAAUUCAAUAAAGUGUGAAGCAUUGAUAGACAAUGUGCUUGUCGCAACAUUCCAUACAGUUGUUUUCGAUGCCUUCUGUUUAGCCUCAUCUUUUGGCCUGAAGAAGUACGGAGUGUUUGAAAAUUUGAACCCUGCUGUUUACUGGUUGAUUUUUAUCACAAUAAACACAUUCUUAUUUCUUGUUUUGACGAGUAUGUUGUGUACUGUUCCAGCAAAUCAAAAGAAUCGUUCAGUAUCCAAGAUGAGAGGACAUUCGAACGAAGAAAUCAAACUUAACCUCUUGAUGACAAAAGAACUGAAGUUUGAGGUUUCGUGGUUAUUUAUUUCUGUAGUCUUGCCGAAACCAUUGUAUUUCUUUUUCGAUUUUUGCGCCAUCUUUGAAAGCCCCGACGCUUAUGAAAUCCGCUAA